CUGUCGUAGAGAAGAGUUGAACAAUUUUUUCGUUACUUUAUUAUAAUUCUUAUAAUUAUUGUUAAAAACUCUUUACUUCGAACAUUUGCUCAUUUUUAUUUUUUAAUUUUUUAAAUAAAAAAUAAUUUUUACUAUAAUUUGAAAAAAAAAAAAAAAUAAAAAAAAAUAUUAUUAAUAAAACGUGCCUUCCCUAUCUUAAUCUUACCAACAUAAAAAUUAUUAAAAAUUAAAAAAAAAAUCGUUACGACACAAAAAUUGACAUUUAUUGUCUAUAUAUUAUACUGAAUGGUGAUAAGAAGUGCUUGGUGCUUGAUUAUACUUAAAACACAAAAAAGUGAUUAGAUUCGAACAAGUCACAAAAAAGAACAGAACACAAAAAAAUAUACAGAUGUUCCAUGUUGCUAAAUAAAUAUAGAUAAAUAUUUUAUCAGUAACAAUCAACUCUUUUUUUGCAAGUUUGAAAAAAAAAAGAGAAAAGUUUCUUGAACGUUAAUCAACAAAAUAAAGAAGAACCUUGUAUUAAAGUGUGUUAAUUGUUUCAAGUUUUAUAUAUGUGAAAAAAAAUAUUUUAAGUUUUUAUGCAAAAAAAAAAUAAUUUUUAAAUAAAUUAAUAAAUAAUAAUCUGAUCAGACGUAAAAAAAAACAAAAUAAAAACAAACUUUGUUGUAUCCACGACAAUUUCUCGUCGUUAUUUAUGCGCCAUUGGUUGAAUAACGCACAAAAAAAAAUAAAAACAAAAAUAUUUACAUCCAAAAGGGCGACACAAAGACAAUUUACUCUUCCAAAAAGACAAGUUGUAUGAUAAUUUCCCCCUAAAUAGCGACAGUUCACCAAAUGCAAAGACAGAAAAUUAUCUAUUUCUAAUUUUAAAAAUAGAUUCAACAACAUGUAAAUGUGUCUCGCACACGUUUUUGAAAUUCUCAACUUUUUUUCGCAUAUAUUAUCAUACCGUACUAAAUAAUAUAUAAUCAAUUCACUCGCUCAGUGGUCAAUGUUUAGUAGUGACUUUCUUGUCUUUCUUGCUAUUUGUGUUAAUUGAAACGUUCAACAAUCAACAAAACGGAGGAAUUUUUUAAAAAUAAAACUUUUAUUGCGGUUUGAGAGAAAGUAAAAGUGCAUUGAGAAAAAUGACACACGGAGCACCGCCAAAGAAACGUCAAAACGGCGAACUGCAUGAUGCGGAAGAUGAUGAAUAUAACGGCAUGGUGAAGCCUCCAGAUGGAGGAUGGGGAUGGAUGGUUGUUUUUGCAUCCUUCGCCAUUCACAUUGUCACUGAUGGAAUGACAUACUCUUUCGGUAUCUUUUACGUGGAAUUUCUGGAUUAUUUUAAUGAAGGCAAAGGUUACACAGCGUGGAUCGCAUCAAUUCUCGUAGGCGUAACGUUAUGUUCAGGUCCCGUUUCAUCUGCCUUUGUGAACCGAUAUGGAUGUCGUCCAGUGACAAUUGCUGGAGCAUUUCUCGGAGGAAUUUGCUUGAUUCUCAGUUGUUUUGCUCAAAAUGUAUUUACGUUGUUUAUAACUAUCGGAUUUGGAGCUGGUUUGGGCUUUGGAUUGAUUUAUUUGCCAGCUAUUGUGAGUGUCACGAUGUAUUUUGAGAAAUAUCGAUCAUUGGCGACGGGAAUUGCCGUCUGUGGAUCAGGCUUUGGCACGAUGAUUUUCGCUCCAAUUACAAAUACGUUGAUCUCGAGUUAUGGAUGGCGAGGUGCUUUAUUGAUCAUUUCGGGAAUUGUUUUUAAUUGUGCCAUAUUUGGAGCGAUGUUCCGACCAUUGGAGCCUGAAAAAAAGAAAAUUCCUUUGCAAGAGAUACGGAAUGGGAAUGGAAUUGAUCAUCAAAGAAGUCAAUCCGAAAAAACUCCCCGCCAAAAGAAACGCAGCACUGGCUCAUAUCUCACGCCAAACUCCGAAGACGAAUUAACGCCCAUGCAACGAUCUCACAGCUUGGGUCACGGUCUUCUCAAGCCAACUUAUCAUCCUGUCGCCAUCAACAACAAUUCCAACGGGAAACUCCACUCCCCGAAUACCGAAGAAACUCUCCGACUGGCAGUUAGCCAACCUUUGCUAAAUGGCGGCAAUCACAUGCUCAAACGUACCGGAAGCGGUAUCAUGUACAAAAAAGAUGUCUUUUAUCGUGGCUCGGUUCACAGCUUGCAUCAACACAAAUCCCCCUCAGAAGUUGGCAGCAUCGACGGACAUCGUUACGGGUCAGUGCAUCACAUGAGAGAUGUAGUAAAAGCUGAAAACGAAUCGGAUAAAAUGUGCGGAUGUAUUCCAUGUUCGCCCGAAACACGCGACACUUUGAAUGAAAUGUUGUCCUUUGGUCUUCUGAGAGAUCCAGUAUUCAUUAUUUUUAGCGUUUCAAACUUCCUCACGAGUAUCGGGUUCAAUAUUCCGUAUGUUUACAUCGCAGCACAAGCGGAAGUUCUUCAGUUGAGCGGCGAUCAGGGCAGUUACUUACUCGCAAUUAUCGGAAUUGCUAAUACCGUUGGUCGUAUCAUCUUGGGAUACUUUUCCGACAAGGAAUAUGUCAAUCGUUUAUUGGUCUAUAAUUUAUGUUUGACCAUUUGUGGAGCUGGAUGUGCCUUAUCAAUCUUCUGCUAUGAUUUUUAUACAAUGGCGUUGUAUGCAUGUGUCUUUGGGUGCACAAUUGGAGCAUAUGUUGGACUUACGUCAGUUAUUCUCGUCGAUUUGUUAGGAUUAGAUAAGUUAACAAACGCAUUUGGGAUUUUGCUCUUGUUCCAAGGCAUCGCGUCAUUUGCCGGACCUCCAAUUGCUGGAUCUCUGUAUGAUUUCACCGGGAAAUAUGAACCUGGAUUUUUACUUGCGGGCGCUUCCAUUGGCUUUAGUGGCCUAAUUUUGUUCUCGAUCCCACCACUUCAGAGAUAUCUGGCGAAGAAACAACGUGCAACGAAUCACGUAUCGGCAGCAAUUAAUCUAUAGGGAUUUCUUUACUAUUUUUACUAAGCAGUACUCAAAGAAUUUAUUUUUUAAUACAAUGAUAAGUCCAAAGUUAGCGCAAAGAAUUUAAAAUUUAAAAAAAAAUAAUGGAAAUUGUUGAGUUGUAAAAUUGGUUUAUAAAUGAAUGAUGAAAGAUGUACCUUUUUUAUGAGAAUUUAUUUAAUAAAAUAUAGAAAAAUAUUA